AUGAAUGGGCUCGUGGAAAGACAAAAUCAGGGGAUUUUGAGGGCACUGAAAAUUGCAAAAGCAGUAAAAGCAGAUUGGCGUGGUGCUGUUAAAGACUAUGUGCACAUGUACAACACCACACCUCACUCGAUGACUGGUAAGGCUCCACUAGAACUACUCACUGGGAGGCCGGUGAAAGAUCUUCUACCAUCUCUACGUACCGAACCGUAUUUGAAUCGGGAUGACGGUGUUCGGGACGACGACGCUAUUAAAAAAAUGAAAGAGAAGAUUUAUGCUGAUAAUCGCAGCCGAUCCAAACCGUCCAAUAUUGUAGAAGGUGAUACAGUCAUUUUGAAAAAUUAUGAAACUGGAAACUUGGAGCCCAACUUCCGACUGGAAGAGUUCAAGGUUAUCCAGAAGAAUGGCAACGAUACGAUUGUGGCAAAUAGAGAAGGAGUAGACUAG